UAAAGGUUGGCGAGGAAAUAAGUUCUGAACUUCGACUUCUGACAAGUCAACUAACCAAGGUUCUUAACAAAGGACAACGAGCUGUUUUGAAGUCUUUUUCAGUUCGUGAACUUCUACCCGAUACCCAUUUUUAUACAACAUAUGAAGGUUCAUUAACAAUGCCAGGAUGUCACGAGACUGUCACGUGGCUUGUGAUGAACAAACCAAUUUAUAUAACAAUACAACAGCUUUACGCUCUUAGGCAGCUAAUGCAAGGAGAACCAGAGAACCCAAAAGCACCCCUAGUCAACAAUUUUAGGCCAAUUCAAGAUAGGCACCAUCGUUUGCUGAGAACGAACAUCGAUUUCAAUCGGCGUAAGGAUCUCCAAUGUCCUACUAUGUACAGAGACAUGUUUUACCGCGCAAAUACAGGAACGCCAGGAUUGCAAUGAUAAUUAUAGGAAAACACGAACAUUUGGUGACCUGGGGCUUGAGAAGUUGAACUUUGACAUUUGUGACGUGAUCAGUUGACUUUUAUUUUAUAACAAUGAAAAAAAUAACAAAUAUCAUUCCUCAAUGGCGUCCGUCCUUACCACCCAUUUCUAUAAAAUCAGUCAAAAUGGCGACAGAAGAAGAAAAAAA